GUUUCCCAGGUCUCUGUCGAUCUCUGCUGGAGACGCUCCACCACUGCAACAUGUGUUGGAUUUCUAUCAGGCACCGCGGAGGCCACCUGACGCGACGGCGCUCUGGGUGAACGGAGGACCCACAAACGGCGGCUCGUCGUCGGCUUCCUGGAGAAUCGGAGAAAACAGUUUGAAUCAAUGAAACUUUAUCCAGCAGAAAUCAGACGCAUCUUAUUUAACACACCGUGUUAGCCGGGCCGAGCGCUCAGUUUGCUGCCCCUGAAGGACCUUGUGGGGAAGGAGCCGCAGAGAAGGAGCCAUGUUCCUGUACAACAUCACCCUGCAGCGCGCCACUGGCAUCACACAUGCCAUCCAUGGAAACUUCUCAGGAACCAAGCUGCAGGAGAUUGUUGUUUCCAGGGGAAAGAUCUUGGAAAUAAUACGUCCAGAUGCCAACACGGGAAAGGUGCACACUCUGCUCACAGUGGAGGUGUUUGGCAUCAUAAGGUCUCUGAUGGCAUUCAGACUCACAGGAGGAACCAAAGAUUACAUUGUUAUCGGAAGUGACAGUGGUCGCAUUGUCAUCCUGGAAUAUCAUCCAUCAAAAAACAUGUUUGAGAAGAUCCACCAGGAAACAUUCGGGAAGAGCGGAUGUCGGCGUAUUGUUCCCGGACAGUUUCUGGCUGUCGACCCAAAGGGCAGAGCCGUUAUGAUAGGAGCAAUCGAGAAACAGAAGCUGGUUUAUAUUCUGAACAGAGAUGCAGCAGCGAGGCUGACCAUCUCCUCACCACUGGAAGCACACAAAGCGAACACACUGGUGUACCACGUAGUCGGAGUCGACGUUGGCUUUGAGAAUCCCAUGUUUGCGUGCUUAGAAAUGGACUAUGAGGAAGCUGACAACGACCCAACAGGAGAAGCUGCUGCCAACACGCAACAGACUCUCACCUUUUACGAGCUGGACCUUGGCUUAAAUCACGUGGUCCGCAAGUACAGCGAGGCUUUGGAAGAGCACGGAAACUUCCUCAUCACCGUUCCCGGUGGUUCCGAUGGGCCGAGUGGAGUUCUGAUCUGCUCAGAAAACUACAUCACUUACAAGAAUUUCGGAGACCAGCCUGACAUUCGCUGUCCUAUUCCACGACGCAGGAAUGACUUGGAUGACCCGGAGCGUGGCAUGAUCUUCGUCUGCUCAGCCACACACAAGACCAAGUCUAUGUUCUUCUUCCUGGCCCAGACGGAGCAGGGAGACAUCUUCAAGGUUACUCUGGAGACAGAUGAAGAAAUGGUCACAGAAAUCAGGCUGAAGUACUUUGACACGAUCCCCGUGGCAACAGCCAUGUGUGUUCUGAAGACUGGCUUCUUGUUCGUUUCUUCAGAGUUUGGAAACCAUUACCUUUACCAGAUCGCUCACCUGGGUGAUGAUGAUGAAGAACCUGAGUUCUCAUCUGCGAUGCCACUGGAGGAGGGAGACACCUUCUUCUUCCAGCCUCGUCCCCUCAAGAACCUUGUGCUGGUGGAUGAACAGGAGAACUUAUCACCCAUCAUGUCCUGUCAGAUUGCUGAUUUGGCCAAUGAAGAUACACCUCAGCUGUAUGUGGCCUGCGGACGAGGACCCAGGUCUACUCUCAGGGUCCUUCGUCACGGACUGGAGGUUUCAGAGAUGGCUGUGUCCGAGCUGCCCGGUAACCCCAAUGCCGUGUGGACCGUGCGUAGACACGUGGAAGACGAGUUUGAUGCCUACAUCAUUGUGUCUUUCGUCAACGCCACUCUGGUUCUGUCCAUCGGAGAGACUGUGGAGGAAGUGACAGAUUCUGGGUUUCUGGGAACAACCCCCACCCUGUCCUGCUCACUGCUUGGUGAAGACGCGUUGGUGCAGGUUUACCCAGAUGGCAUCCGCCACAUUCGAGCAGACAAGCGUGUGAAUGAGUGGAAGACUCCUGGCAAGAAAACCAUUGUCCGCUGCGCAGUGAACCAGCGGCAGGUGGUGAUCGCCCUCACUGGAGGGGAGCUGGUCUACUUUGAGAUGGACCCGUCUGGCCAGCUGAACGAGUACACAGAGCGGAAAGAGAUGUCCGCAGAUGUGGUUUGCAUGAGCCUGGCAAACGUUCCACCUGGUGAGCAGCGCUCCCGGUUCCUGGCGGUUGGACUGGUCGACAACACUGUUCGAAUCAUCUCCCUGGACCCUACGGACUGUCUGCAGCCGUUGAGUAUGCAGGCCCUUCCCGCCCAGCCGGAGAGUCUCUGUAUCGUAGAGAUGGGAGGUGUCGAGAAACAAGAUGAGCUUGGAGAAAAGGGAACCAUUGGAUUCCUCUACCUCAACAUUGGACUUCAGAACGGUGUGCUACUGAGAACUGUUCUGGACCCAGUCACCGGCGACCUGUCAGAUACACGAACACGCUACCUGGGGUCACGACCUGUCAAACUCUUCAGAGUCAGGAUGCAGGGACAGGAAGCUGUGCUGGCAAUGUCCAGUCGCUCUUGGCUCAGCUACUCGUACCAGUCUCGCUUCCAUCUCACCCCUCUGUCAUAUGAGACUCUGGAGUACGCCUCUGGCUUUGCCUCCGAGCAAUGUCCAGAAGGUAUAGUGGCCAUUUCCACCAACACACUGAGAAUUUUGGCUUUGGAGAAGUUGGGAGCCGUCUUCAAUCAGGUGGCCUUUCCUCUGCAGUGCACUCCCAGAAAGUUUGUGAUCCACCCAGAGAGCAAUAACCUCAUUGUGAUCGAGACUGACCACAACGCCUACACGGAGGCGACCAAAGCUCAGCGGAAGCAACAGAUGGCUGAGGAGAUGGUGGAGGCUGCUGGGGAGGAUGAAAGGGAACUGGCCGCUGAGAUGGCCGCUGCCUUCCUCAACGAGAAUCUCCCAGAAGCCAUCUUCGGUUCGCCUAAAGCUGGAGCCGGGCAGUGGGCCUCAAUCGUGCGACUGAUCAACCCCAUACAGGGCACAACGUUGGACCAGGUGCAGCUGGAACAGAACGAAGCAGCGUUCAGUGUUGCAGUGUGUCGCUUCCCCAACACGGGAGAUGACUGGUAUGUUCUGGUUGGUGUAGCCAGAGACAUGAUUCUCAACCCCAGAUCGGCGGCCGGCGGCUUUAUCUACACCUACAGGCUCACUGGUGGAGGGGAGAAGCUGGAGUUUGUGCACAAGACCCCAGUAGAAGAUGUGCCUUUGGCCAUUGCUCCAUUCCAGGGACGAAUUCUGGUGGGAGUUGGUAAACUCCUGAGAAUCUAUGACCUCGGCAAAAAGAAGCUGCUGCGCAAGUGUGAAAACAAGCACGUACCCAACCUGGUGUCUAGUAUCCACACCAUCGGCCAGCGAGUGAUUGUCACCGACGUCCAGGAGAGUCUGUUCUGGGUUCGGUAUCGACGUAACGAGAACCAGCUCAUUAUCUUCGCCGAUGACACGUAUCCACGCUGGGUGACGACGGCCUGUCUCCUUGACUAUGACACAAUGGCAUCUGCCGACAAGUUUGGGAACAUCAGCAUCGUGCGUCUUCCCCCCAACACCAGCGACGACGUGGAUGAAGACCCCACAGGAAACAAAGCCUUAUGGGACAGAGGCCUCCUCAAUGGAGCAUCACAGAAGGCUGAGGUGAUCGUCAACUACCACGUAGGUGAGACGGUGUUGUCUCUGCAGAAAACCACUCUGAUCCCCGGAGGUUCAGAGUCCCUGGUGUACACCACGCUGUCUGGAGGCAUCGGCAUACUGGUCCCAUUCACCUCACAUGAGGAUCAUGACUUUUUCCAGCAUUUAGAGAUGCACAUGCGCUCAGAGUUCCCUCCACUCUGCGGUAGAGACCAUCUCAGCUUCAGAUCCUACUACUUCCCAGUAAAGAAUGUGAUCGAUGGAGACCUGUGCGAGCAGUUUAACAGCAUGGACCCUCACAAGCAGAAGAGUGUGGCAGAGGAGCUGGACCGGACCCCCCCAGAGGUCUCUAAGAAGCUGGAGGAUAUUCGCACACGUUACGCCUUCUAAUCGUACACGACCCCCCCCCCUCCUUUUAUUGUCCAUCACACCUACUGGGACUCAGGACACAGAUUGAUGGAGACGUGUAGAUGGCCGUGUACCUUGUAACAUGAAAUCAUGCACGAUGUCAGAUGCUUGUAAAUCCCUCACAUCGCACAGAUAUAACAUUAUAACACUCAAAGAUUCAAGUGCAGGAACCGUCACCUGCACAGCGACGUGAUGACAAAUCUUUUCUCACACACAAACUCAUGUACUGAGAAUUUUGUGGCUGUUUUUUAUUACACCUCUGUGCAGUGACGCACACAAAGCCACAGAUUUAAGGCAGGAAGUCCCUCAACAUCGCGUACAGAUGUGUGAACAACCUUCACACAACCACACACAAACACACUCAGGAGUGUGAACAGAAUUCACACGCACUCAUGCAUAAGUCAUCUGCCCAUUUCGAGAACAUGCAUACUGAACCCAAAUCCUCCGUCAUCUGCGAGCGAGUGAAUAUUAGCUCUCACAAAGUAGAGUCCUCCAUCUCUGUUUUUCAGCUAAAUAUCUUUUUGUAUGGUGUGAUUAUUUUAAUGUGUAUUGAUUUAGAAUGAACUGUGAUGAUGCAGUUCUCCUCAGCCUCAGCCCCCGGCCCGACCCGGGUCUUUAGCCGUCGCCCGGAUCGUUCAAGCAUAUUGCUCAGAUCGCAGCUGCGAACCAAACGGCAACCGACCUCUAACUAAGUCGAAGCCUCAGGCCGCGGAAGAAGCGUCGCCGUCCUGUGGCAUUAGAGGCCCGGUGAACUCAGACUAAAUAAGUGGGUGGAAGAAUACUGAAGGUUUGCACUGGGUGUUGUUCCUCUCAGUCCAGUAAAUUCCCAACCUCAGCCACAGACAUUACAUUCCACAGUAGUCACUGAAUUUAGGGGUUUGUGGGCCCGGGGCAGUGGUCUGUUUUGUAAAUAAAGAUGUUUUUUUGUACUUUA